AUGAAUUUCUAUGUGCCUGCGUGUACAAGGAAUUGGUAUAUGUUUCCACGGAGCAUUCGGCCUCCGGCUUGGAAUCGUUUAAACCAGAUGGCAUCACAUCUUUCGACUGCCGGGACCUCCCUGGCUGGACUGCCGAAAUCAAAUGUCUUCACGUCUAAAUUGCCCCCUGAUCCGGCUUUUGAUACACCGGAAUCCUCCCAUCAAGCUCCACGGGAAACCUUGGGGCCUCGCAUGGUCAAAGGAGCUUUGUUCACAUACGUCCGCCCUGAGUGGACCGAUGAGCCAGAAUUACUAGGAGUCAGCGUGAAAGCAAUGAAAGACUUGGGAUUGAAACUAGGCGAGGAAAAAACGUCACGAUUCAAGGCGCUGGUCGCCGGGAAUGAGAUUUGGUGGGACGAGGAAGAGGGUGGAAUCUACCCAUGGGCACAGUGUUAUGGAGGUCAGGUGGCAAUUCUGACAACCUGCAGCGGUUCAUGGGCCGGACAACUCGGAGACGGGCGUGCAAUCAGUCUCUUCGAAUGCACCAAUCCGGAGACAAGUAGGCGGUAUGAGCUACAACUGAAAGGGGCAGGCAAAACACCUUAUUCGCGUUUCGCAGACGGCAAAGCUGUCCUCCGGUCCAGCAUCCGCGAAUACGUGGUAUCAGAAGCUCUCUCUGCCCUUGGUAUACCUACCACUCGGGCACUCUCACUCACCCUAGUCCCCAAUUCUAAGGUAUUACGAGAGCGCCUUGAACCAGGAGCAAUUGUUGCUCGGUUUGCCGAGUCUUGGUUAAGAAUCGGCACUUUUGAUCUUCUUCGCGUUCGCGGAGAUCGUGAAUUGAUCAGGAAGCUUGCGACAUAUGUUGCAGAAGACGUUUUUAGCGGUUGGGAAUCCCUUCCCGCUAUCGUAUCGCUGCAUGAUCCGCAGUCGUCCAUGAAGAUUGAUAAUCCGCAAAGGGGUAUCGCCGCCGAUCAAGUACAAGAAUCUGAGGAUGUACAAGAGAAUCGGUUUGCUAGACUAUAUCGAGAAAUUGCUCGUCGUAAUGCGAAGACAGUGGCCGCCUGGCAGGCUUAUGGUUUCAUGAAUGGCGUGCUGAACACCGACAACACAUCCAUUUAUGGCUUAUCUCUAGACUACGGCCCGUUUGCGUUUAUGGACAACUUUGAUCCCCAGUACACCCCGAACCAUGAUGACCACAUGCUGCGAUAUGCCUAUCGCAACCAACCCAGCAUUAUCUGGUGGAAUCUGGUCCGACUUGGAGAGUCACUAGGUGAGUUGAUUGGGGCCGGAAAUCGAGUCGACGACGGCGCGUUCGUCAACGAUGGGGCGACGGAGGAGUUUGAACCGGAACUCAUCAAACGCGCGGAGAAAAUCAUUGAGCGUGUGGGCGAGGAGUUCAAAACCGUAUUCUUGAACGAAUACAAACGCUUGAUGGGACAGAGGCUAGGACUAAAAACACAGGCCGAAUCGGAUUUCCAGAAUCUCUUUUCGGAGAUGCUAGACACACUUGAAGCACUCGAAUUGGACUUUAGCCACUUCUUCCGCCGUCUUUCAGGGCUGCCACUAUCCAAUCUGGAGACCGAAGAAGGCCGAAGGGAGGCAGCUUCAGCUUUCUUCCACGCCGAAGGGUUUGGUGGGAUUGGAUACACCGAGGCUACAGCUAGAGAUCGCAUUGCGAAAUGGCUGGAUAGCUGGCGGCUUCGCAUCCUAGAGGACUGGGGCCCCGAAAACGACGAGGAAAGACAAAGGGCUAUGAAAUCCGUCAACCCGAAUUUUGUGCCUCGAGGGUGGAUUCUCGACGAGGUCAUCGAGCGCGUGGAGCGCAAAGGAGACCGAGAUAUCCUAGACCGGAUCAUGCAGAUGUCUUUGAACCCGUUCAACGAUGAAUGGGGUCUUCACAAGGAAGAGGAAGAGCGUUUCUGCGGGGAUGUCCCCAAAUAUAAGAGGGCUAUGAUGUGCAGUUGCAGCUCGUAG